AUGGCGGUGGUAAUAACUUCUGAAGAGAGCAGCUACUUCGCACCCUCCGCGCUGCGUCGAUCUCAUUCCCAGUCAAGAUUCGGCUCAAGGCAAUCGAGCGGUCUCCACGGUUCUUCUUCUGCCUCGAGGAUACAUGAUCUCUACCCACAACCCGUCAAAAUCUUCGGCGACUCGACACUCUCUACUGCUCCGUCCUCGCCGCAAACAAUCCAUGCGUCGACCGCCGACCAUUCCUGCUCAUCCACUCCCGCGAGCAACCUGUCGCUCUCGACAGACAGCGAGGGGUGCGACAAUGGGCUGUUACACGAUUUAGGCGACGACAGCGAUAUCGUGUUUCCAGCCUACAAUGCAUAUUUAGGUCCACCAACACCCGAGGAACUGGAGCCUCCUCCCAGCCCGCGGACCGCCAAUUCUCCAGGGAACGACGCAUCCCUCACAACCUCAAAUCCCGAGACUCCUGAAUCUUAUUGUGAGACUGGAGGUGCUGUAGACGACACAGCUGUCGGGGCACAGCCCACUCGUCAUGUUGACUACCUGUCUCAUGACUGGAAGGAGGAAGACAUUUGGUCGUCCUGGAAGCACAUCAUUUCCAACAGGGAUGGCUUCGGUGGCAACUCUGCACGGCUGGAAAAUGCAUCUUGGAGAACCUGGAUCAAGGCAAAGAACAAUCUUAAGACCGUCUCUCCUGAGACACUCAACUGGUUGAAGGACUGUGAUGUUACUUGGCUGUACGGCCCUUUACUGACUGGGAAGACGAGUGAUCUAUCGGGCUCGCGAAACGACGAAGCAACGGUUGGAAUAUCGAAGUCGAAUUCUUUUAUACAAUCGCAGUCAAAGAAGAAACCGAUCUUGAAGAAACGAAGCAUGUCGGAGAUUAUGCUACAGAAGUCCUUGUCAUCAUCGUCCCUGAUCAAACAGGCCGCAGCAGCUGUUCAGGCCCAGCAAAAGGAAAUGCCUCGCGGCAUUAGAGUGUCACCAAGGCCCAGAUUCGAACGGGCUGCUACUGACUAUGUGACGUUUCCCUUCUCUUCACGGCGGCUGAGUCGGGAUCAAUUAAGUACUGGGCCAUCAACGUCGACCUCCGGGAUCAUCUCGCCCAACAGUGAGCGCAAGCACAUACAUUUCAACGAGAAAGUUGAACAAUGCAUUGCUGUGGACAUCAAGGGCGAUGACGAGGAGGAGGAUGAUGUUGACUCGGAUCGGUACAACUACAAUAGCGAUUCUGACGAUGGCAUCAUGAUGAAGAAGACGACGACCAGGAAACGGAGGCCAAUUUUGAGGAGGAAAGCGAGCAGCCACAGCAAGACUGAGAAGAAGAGCAUCAACAUGCUGCCACCAACCACCCUGAAAUACCGCGAGGACACACCUGAACCGCCAGAGACAGCUAUGAAGCACUCUUACAGGAGCCCAGUCAUGUCGCCAUCAUCGUCGCAAGAAACUCUCCGGCCGUCGAAGCCAUCCUCUAAGAUGUUUUUCGUUGAUGACGAAGACGAGGACGAGGACGAGGGGGAUGACUGUGCAGAGUUCAGCGACGGCUUGAGAUCGCCGCCUCCUGGCGGGCUCUCUUCCUCUGGAUUCCGCCGCACAACUUCUUCGAGCAGCUUGAAUGCGGCACCCUCCGGUAUGAGACGGACGGAAUCAGGUAUGUUCAUGCCCUAUGAAGAAGGUGAAACGGCAUCGGAAGGCAUCGUUGGCUUCGUCCUUGAUACGGUGAAUACGGCCCGAGACAUCGCCCAUGUUGUCUGGAAUGUAGGAUGGAGGAGAUGA